CAAUGUGGUUCAAGGUGGAUGGUUCUAUCUUCGUUGCUUGUUUUUAGGAAAAAAACAAAUCUGUUUUGUUGAUUCACCAAACGACCAACUUAUAACAUACCCAAAGAAGUCUCUAAGAACAUCGAAACUACAAGCUGAAAAAUGCUGCGACAAGCAGGGAGCCGGAUUUUUCAACGGCAACGACAACAGCAUGAUGUUGUGCUGUCACUCUUCUGGCGUUGUAUGAGUGAUGGCCCCAAGGUGAUGGCCAUUCGACGGGAAACCAUCAACGUCUGGGAGCGCAGGGCCCCACUGUCACCCUCACAAGCUGGCUCUCUUGUGAAAAAAGGCAUAAAAGUCCUCAUACAGCCAUCAAACAGACGGGCAUAUAAUAUGCAGGAAUAUGCGGAGAAGGGUGUGAUAAUCCAGGAAGACAUCAGCGAAGCGUCUCUGGUGAUCGGCGUGAAGCAGGUUCCAAUUGACAUCCUCAUACCCUACAAGACGUACGCCUUCUUCUCUCACACAAUCAAGGCUCAAGAAGCAAACAUGCCAUUGCUCGAUGCAAUCUUGGAAAAGAAUAUUCGACUGAUUGACUAUGAAAAGAUGGUGGACAGCGAAGGUCAAAGAGUCGUAGCGUUCGGGAAGUAUGCCGGAGUGUCGGGAAUGAUAAAUAUUCUACAUGGCAUGGGUCUGCGACUUCUCGCCCUGGGCCACCACACUCCAUUCAUGCACAUAGGACCAAGCCACAACUACAGAAACACUGAAAUGGCCAGACAGGCUGUAAGGGAAGCUGGCUAUGAGAUUGCUCUUGGGCGAAUGCCAAAAUCACUUGGACCUCUCACAUUUGUUUUCACUGGAUCAGGAAAUGUUUCACAGGGAGCACAAGAGGUCUUCCAAGAACUGCCACAUGAAUACAUAGAGCCAGAAUAUCUUCCAAAAGUGGCCAGACAGGGAUCAACCAGUAAAAUAUAUUCCUGUGUGGUCAGUCGAGAAGAUCAUUACAUCAACAAAGAUGGCAGCCCUUUCAAUGCAAACGAGUUUGAGGAACACCCUGAAAGAUACAGUUCUUCCUUCAGUCACAAGAUAGCUCCCUAUGCAUCAUGCAUCAUCAACGGGAUCUACUACGCCCCAAACUCCCCACGUCUGAUCUCCAUUCCCGACGCCAAGAUGCUGCUCCGUCCACAGGAAUCUCCUUGGAUCUCGUCCAGUCCUGGCUGCCCCCAGUUACCCCAUCGCCUCAUAUCAAUCUGUGAUAUCUCAGCGGAUCCCGGCGGCUCCAUCGAGUUCAUGAAGGAAUGUACGACCAUCGACUCCCCGUUCUGUCUGUAUGACGCCGAACAGAACAUGAACACUGAGAGUUUUGCUGGGAGCGGUGUGUUGAUUUGCUCAAUAGACAACAUGCCAGCACAAAUACCACGAGAAGCAACCGACUUCUUCGGAAGCCGUCUUCUUCCCUUUAUUCCAGCAAUGGUUGAAUCAUCUGCUUCCAAACCUUUUGAAGAGUAUAACUGUCACCACACAGUGAAAAAUGCUGUGAUCGCAUCAAACGGAAAGCUCACUCCAAACUUUGAAUACAUUAGUGAGUUGCGUAAGAAGUCAAAGUCUCGACACAAGGCCUCCAUGCAGCGUACGGACAUCGAGAAGAAGGCUCUGAUCCUGGGGGCAGGCUAUGUGUCGUCGCCCGCGGUCGAGUACCUCCUGCGCGACAAGAAGGUGCAGGUCACGGUGGCGUCACAGUUUGGGGAGGACCUCAACAACAUCAGUGCCAUCUGCCCCGAGGCAGAGUGUGUGCUCAUGGACAUCCACCGCAGUCACUCCGACCUAGACAGGCUGGUCUCCGAGAGUGAUGUCGUCGUCAGUCUCUUGCCAUACAACCUGCAUCCUACUGUUGCAGAACUGUGUAUUAAACACAAAAAGAACAUGGUGACGGCCAGUUAUGUGUCUCCUGAUAUGAAAGAGUUACACAAAAGUGCUGUUGAUGCUGGUGUGACCAUUCUCAAUGAAGUGGGGGUUGAUCCCGGCAUCGAUCACAUGAUGGCCAUGCAGUGCUUUGAUGAGGUCAAGCAAAAUGGAGGCAAGAUCACAUCGUAUGUUUCGUGGUGUGGAGGUUUGCCAGCUCCAGAGUUCUCAGAUUCACCACUACAUUACAAAUUCAGAUAUAAGAUCGACAGUUGGUUUCCUAAAGGAGUCUUACUGAACUGCUUGGCUGGAGCUAAAUACUUGGAAAACGGGGAGGUAAAGGAGAUAGCUCCGGGAUGUCUGCUGGAUAAUGUUCAGUCUCUCAACUUCAUGCCGGGCUUCAACCUGGAGGGUUUUCCCAACAGAGAUUCCACGCUGUAUGGCAAGGCUUAUGGGAUUGAGUCAGCCCACACUCUGUUGCGUGGAACACUCAGAUACAAGGGCUACAGCACUGCUAUUCAAAGCUUGAAAGACCUCAACCUUCUGAGUUCUGAGCCACACCCUGCACUUCAUCCUGGAGGGCCUGACAUCACGUGGAAAGGAUUCAUCAGUGAAUACUUUGGAAAGACAGAUGACAUCUUUGAAGAUUCCUUAAAAGAUCUCCUGUAUGAAAAGUUUAAAAAGAACGAACACAUGCUGAAGACUGUUGUUGGGCUUGGUCUUCUUGGAGAUGAAAUAAUAGAGAAAAAUGGAACACCAGUGGAUACUCUUUCAAAUUACCUGGCAAAACGACUGGCUUAUGGACCAAGGGAAAGGGAUCUGAUCCUGAUGCGCCAUGACAUUGGUAUUUCCUGGCCAGACGGAACAACUGAACAGCGUCAACUCAAUCUCGUUGUGUAUGGGGAUCAGGGUGGCCACUCGGCUAUGGCCAAGACGGUUGGACUUCCUACCGGAAUUGCCGCACGAAUGGUCCUGGAAGGAGAGAUUCAGACUAAAGGAAUUGUGAUUCCUCUCGCUUUUGAUGUGUACCAACCGAUCUUAUCUCGACUUGAACAGGAAGGAAUCGUCCCCACAGAAAAAAUCACCAUCUUGUGAAAGAAUUGUUUGUGAAAUAAUGUACAGAGCUCGGUGAUACAAAAUAUAUUAUUGUAGUCAUUAUUAUUAAUUGGAUAAAGAACAUGGUGUUUUUAAUAUACAGCCAUACAUUAAGGAUCAAAUUGGGUUCACUGUGCAUCAUUCAGAUACUUUGCUAUGGUCGAAGUAAGAAUCAGAGUGAAGAAUUGUGUUGUUAGGUAUUAGUUACCUUUAAUUUGUUAAUGGGUGUGAAAAGAUUGUGUCAGUUGUAUAUGUUUAAAUUGACAGAAGGAAUAAUUUCCUUACACUCUUAAUUUCUGAUCUUGAAAAACAUAAGUCGCAUCUCUCAUUUGUUGAGGAGAAUUGAAGUGAAAAGGGAGACGAAGAGGGCAGAUGUGAAAGUGAAUUCACGAAGGGAAAAAUAUUAUAUUUGUUUUAUCAUAUCACAGGUACAUGUAGCAUAUCCAGUAAGAUAACAGCUUGUGAUAUUUUUCAUAUCACAUAUUUUCAGAAUUUGAUAACUUUGCAAAUUAGAUGUAAAUUAGUCAUGUCAUGGAACUAGUUUCAUUAAUUAACAUGUAUACAAAAUACUUGUAAAUAAAUAAACAUUUUCUGUCAGCUAUGCAUGACAUAUCUGUCAAAACAGUUGUACCAUAAUAUCCUGUCAUGACUGGUCCUGUGUAUGACGGUUCCACCCCAGUAAAACAAAUUCCGUAAAAAUCGCAUGAUAAUGUUCUGACAAUGCCUUGACAUGGUUUAGUAUUUAAAAAAAUUUUAAUUUAUUUUUUUAUUUUAUGUCUGAAUUUGCUGUUAUUUGUUGUGGAAUAAUGUUAAAUAAAUUGUAAUUGUUAAUGAAAAAAAUUGUUUAUAUUUUUUAAAAAAUGUUUCAGUUAAAAACAAGAAAGAAGAAAUAAUGAAGUGUUUAACAGUUCAGUAUGUGACAUGAGGAUUGUUAUGCAAAAAUAAGAUUCUUAACUGAAUAUUAAUCUGUCAAAAAAAAACCCCAAAAAACACCUCAACCCCAAAACCCACAGAACCAAACAAAAAACAAAACAAAACAAACAAAACAAAACCCACAAGCAAAAGCCCCCAUUUAUCCUACCAUCAUUUUUUUUUAAAUUUUAUAAAAUGAAAUAGAUAAAUAAAAAAAAUUGCUAUGAACAUUUGUUGUGUUGUAAACUAUAAUUCAACUUCACCCAUAUCAACAGAAGGCUCAUGACAAGAAUGCUGUGAUAAAAAAAACAAUCACCAUAAUAUUAAGAAUGAAUAAGGUUAUAUUAAAAAUCUUACUCUUAAUGGGUAAAGGGUGGGAUACGGGAGUUCAUGUGAUUCUGCAUCAAAUGUUCAUACAUAAUUUGAAUAUUGAGUAAUAACUGAUUGGAAUUAUAGUCAGUUUAAGAUAAUAUACUCUUCAAAAAAAGUAGGAGAACUCUAAUAAGAAUUUACAAUUGCCAAAAUUGUAAGGUAUAUUAGCUGUGGGGAAUGGUUAUAUGAUAAUAGUGAAUUAAUUUG